AUGUUUGACAGCAAGGCCAGCAUGGCAUCCAUUCGUUUGGUGGAGGUUGCGGCCCACCACAUCCUGGUAGUCAGCCUCGUGGCGACCCCCGUGUGGCUCCUAGGUUAUGUCCUCUACCAGAGGUUCUUUUCGCCCUUGGCAAAGGUCGAUGGGCCCUUCUGGGCAUCCCUGACCUCCAUCUGGAAAUUACAAAGUUUCAGCAAGGGCGAUUUCCACGAGACCAUCGUCGCCUUGCACCAGAAAUAUGGACCGAUAGUGCGCAUCGCUCCGACAGAAGUCAUCGUCUCGGACAAGACAGCCAUUAGGGAGGUCUACAGUACCACCCAUGGGAGGGAUUAUUUGAAGACAGAUUACUAUGAUGCCUUUACUGCUUUCCGGCCAACCAUCUUCGGCCAAAGAGAUCCCCACCUCCAUGCCCAGAGGAAGCGAAUCGUCUCCCAUGGAUACUCCAUGAACGCGCUGCAGUCCAUGGAGAAGUUUGUCCAGGAGCGUGUGCGGCUAUUCAUGGGCAAGAUGGCCACGUUCUCGUCCACGGGGGAGCGGCUCAACCUGGGGAAAUGGUGCCAUUUCUUCGCAUUCGAUGUCAUUGGGGAGCUGGCCUUUAGCGAGGGUUUCGGCAUGCUGGAAAGCGGUGUCGAGGACGAGCAUAUCCGCCUUAUCAACAACCAGAUGGAGUUUGGCUCGACAAUUGGCAUGCUGCCGUCGCUUAUUCCUUUUACCAAAUGGACCUUCCUUCCGCUUCCCUGGCUGCGAAAUCUGCAGGCCGGCCGCGAGAGGCUCAAAGAACUCACCAGGUCCCGCGUUGAGCGCCGCAGGGAGAAGGUCAGUGACCGGAAGGACCUGCUUGGCCGCCUCAUUGAAGCCAAAGACCCGGUGACAGGGCAGAUGCUGGAUCCAAUCGACCUACGUACGGAAGCCUUCUCAAGCAUCGUCGCGGGAUCAGACUCGACCUCGUCCGCUCUGGGCUACACAUUUUACCACGUCCUAGGCCACCCAUCCGUAUACCAGAAACUCACCAAAGAAAUCCGCGACGCCUUCCCGAACCGCUGCUAUUCCACCGACGCGGAACCGCCUACGUAUGCCGAACUAGGCCGUCUCCCGUACCUCCAGGCGUGCAUCAAGGAGUCCCUCCGCCUCACCCCGCCAGCAACGAUCAACCUGCCCCGAUACGUGCCCGAAGGCGGCCGCGUCAUCGCAGGGACAUACCUCCCAGGCAGGACCACGGUCGGCAUAUCCGCCGUCCCAGUCCACCUCGACCGCACCGCCUUCGGCGCCGACGCAGCGCAGUACAACCCCUCGCGCUGGAUCGACGGCACCGCCGCCCCCGACGGCUCGCUUCUGAGCCCCGAGGAGAUGCAGCGCUACUGGAUCCCCUUCGGCCAGGGAAGCAGGCAGUGCAUUGGGAAGAACGUCGCCAUGUUGGAGCUGAUCAAGCUCGUCGGCACCCUGCUCCUCUAUUUCGACGUCGAGGCCCGGGGCUCGGACAAUGGGCUGGAUGGGGUAGAUCAUGUCGAGAUACCCUCGUCACAGUCGUAUUUCUUCGCGAGAAUGAGCAACCCGCUUUUCGUCACCGUCAAGGAGCGGGAGUAGGGCGAUGCACCCGGUGGAUUAGGGAGAGGGAGGGCGGGAGAAGUAUGGGAUUUUAGACGCAGAGGCCGAGAGACAGAACGGCAGAUUUAGGUAGCUCGAUUGGGUUUAUUUGAGCAUAUCCCCUACUUGCAGGAAUGCAAGCUUGGGCUGUUAUCUUGGAGAAGUCCACAUAUCUCACCUCUGCAGCGUGCGUCAAGUGAAAAGG